AUGCCUGGUUUAGCUAUGGAUGAAUUUAAUGUAAAUAGUGCAGCAGAGGAACAUAGUGGGAGUUAUAAUCCCCAUAAGGAUAACUUUGCUCAACAAGCAUCACCAAGGAGUACACUGAGUCCAAGAAGCAUUCAGAGUGAUUCAAUUGAUUUGGCUAUCGAUGGGGUGGUGGAUACCUCAAUUGAGCAAUUGUAUCACAAUGUGUGUGAAAUGAGGAGCUCUGAUCACUCACCCUCCAGGGCUAGUUUCUACUCCUAUGAUGGUGAGUCCAGGAUUGAUUCAGAACUGGGCCAUCUAGUUGGAGAUAUUGUGGAUUUGGAGAUUACAAAGGAGGUGGUGGUUACGGAGAGCAAAGAUGACUUCAAUGCCACUGCUAGUGGCACAACACCUGAGAAAGAUGUUGUGGCCUGUGGCAAGGAACCUUCAAAGAAGGUUAAUAAUAACCAAUCUUCACCAACCACAAGGGUCAUUGAAGGAUCAUCCAAGCCGACUCCAAGGAGGAAUGAAAAGGGUGUCAGAAAAGCAAAUGGUGUUUACCACAUGAGGAAGCAUAGGAGAAACCUUGGUAUGAAGGGGAUUGAGGAGCGCAUUGCUGCAGGGUUAGAUAAUCCUGACUUGGGACCAUUUUUGCUCAAGCAAACAAGAGAUAUGAUCUCCUCAGGUGAGAAUCCGCGAAAAGCUCUUGAUUUGGCUCUUAGAGCUUUGAAAUCAUUCGAGAUUUGUGCAGAUGGGAAACCAAGUUUAGAUAUGGUCAUGUGCCUGCAUGUCUUAGCUACAAUUUACUGUAAUUUAGGACAGUACAAUGAGGCCAUUCCCAUUCUUGAGCGUUCUAUUGAUAUUCCUGUGUUGGAAGAUGGCCAAGAUCAUGCACUGGCUAAGUUUGCAGGAUGCAUGCAAUUGGGUGACACUUAUGCAAUGAUGGGGCAGAUUGAGAAUUCUCUGCUGUUUUACACAGCAGGUCUUGAGAUUCAAGGUCAGGUCAUGGGGGAAACAGAUCCAAGAUUCGGUGAGACGUGUCGGUACGUGGCUGAGGCACAUGUUCAGGCACUGCAGUUUGAUGAUGCUGAGAAGCUGUGCCAGAUGGCUCUUGAUAUUCACAGAGGAAAUGGGGCUCCUGCUUCUAUUGAGGAAGCAGCAGAUAGGAGACUAAUGGGGCUUAUCUGUGACUCAAAGGGUGAUUAUGAAGCUGCUCUAGAGCAUUAUGUUUUGGCAAGCAUGGCUAUGGCUGCAAAUGGCCAUGAAGCAGAUGUGGCUUCAGUGGAUUGCAGCAUUGGUGAUGCCUAUUUGGCAUUGGCUCGCUAUGAUGAGGCAGUGUUUUCUUAUCAGAAAGCACUCACUGUGUUCAAAUCAACCAAAGGAGAGAAUCAUCCAACAGUUGCUUCAGUCUUUGUCAGGUUGGCUGAUCUGUACAACAAGAUAGGGAAGUUUAAGGAGUCCAAGUCUUACUGUGAAAAUGCACUCAGAAUUUUUGGGAAGAUCAAGCCGGGGAUCACCCCUGAAGAGAUUGCCAGUGGUCUGAUAGAUGUUGCCGCCAUCUAUCAAUCCAUGAAUGAUAUGGAAAAGGGGUUGAAGUUACUGAAAAAGGCCUUGAAGAUAUAUGGCAAUGCUCCUGGUCAACAAAGCACUGUUGCAGGAAUUGAGGCCCAAAUGGGGGUUAUGUAUUACAUGCUGGGGAACUUUUCUGACUCUUACAACAUAUUCAAAAGUGCCAUUGCCAAAUUUCGCGCCAGCGGAGAGAAAAAAACUGCUUUAUUUGGGAUUGCUUUGAACCAAAUGGGGCUAGCCUGUGUGCAGUGUUAUGCUAUAAAUGAGGCAGCAGAUCUGUUUGAAGAGGCCAGGACUAUACUGGAAAAAGAGUAUGGUCCAUAUCAUCCAGACACCUUAGGAGUCUAUAGCAAUCUAGCAGGAACCUAUGAUGCAAUGGGAAGAGUGGAUGAUGCCAUUGAAAUCUUGGAGUAUGUUGUUGGCAUGAGAGAAGAGAAGCUUGGAACAGCAAACCCUGAUGUGGAUGAUGAGAAACGUAGGUUGGAAGAGUUGUUGAAAGAAGCAGGCAGGGCCAGGAACAGGAGAUCAAGAAGAUCAUUGGAAACUCUUCUUGACACCAACUCUCAGCUCAUAAAAAACAAUGGCAUCAAGGUCCUAUAA